GCAACCACUUCCUUUUCAACUUCUCCUAACUUCAGUGUCAACACCAAUUCCAAUUCCAAGACUGGAGAAAAACAUAUGGAAAUCGGACAACAAAUAUAGGGAUAUUAGACAUCCUUGUGGCCACCAGGAUGAAUAUGAAGGCACGGUCUUUGCUUGGCUGAAAGCAAAAGGAUGAGACGGGAAGCCAGCUGCCAAGAGUUCCCCAGGUCUUUUAAAAAUCUCACUGCAACACAUCUCGCUCUGCUGCCUAAGGACAUAGAAGACACUCAGCUUCAGCUUCCCUUACGUUACAGAAGCUGAUUAAAGGGCACUGCCUUCAAGGAUGAAUAUCCUCCGCCUACUCCUGGCCACCCUGCUGGUCUCCCUGUGCCUCCUCACUGCCUACAGUCACCUGGCACCUGAGGAAAAACCCAGAGAUGACAGGAACCUGAGGAGCAACUCCUCCAUGAACCUGUUGGAUCUCCCUUCUGUCUCUAUUGUAGCACUGAACAAGAAAUCCAAAAAGAUCAGCAGAAAAGAGGCGGAAAAGAAGAGAUCUUCCAAGAAAAAGGCUUCGAUGAAGAAUGUUGCUCGGCCUCGGCGGCCCCUGCCUCCUCCGCCCGUCCCCUGCGUGGCCACUCGUGACAGCUGCAAGCCGCCGGCGCCCGCCUGCUGCGACCCGUGCGCCUCCUGCCAGUGCCGCUUCUUCCGCAGCUCCUGCUCCUGCCGAGUGCUCAACCCCACCUGCUGAGCUCACCCACCUCCAAGGCCAGCGGGGAGGGGCAGGGCGCCAGCUGGGAGGGGUAGGGCGCCAGCGGGGAAGGGUAGGGCGGGGCUCUCGGGGCG